AGAGUCAAUCCCUUUAGAAGCAUCACCAUAUCAAAAGCUUCGCGCACGAUGCAUCUCACCAACUCAAUCGCUCAAAUUAUUCUGUGCCUCUCAGUGACGGUCCUUCCUGUGGCUCAAGGCGCCAUCGCCAUUGGUAACCAGAUCAGAGAGGGCGGUACUCACUUCAACGUCGCCUGGAUCGAGGGAAUAGACCCUUGCAUUGCCGAUGUUGCCAUAGCCCCCGAAAGUGGGAAGGUUUGCAAUCGCAACUUUCGACUUGAUGGCACCGAUUACUAUCUCGUCGGCUGCACCGCUCCUAACACGGGUUAUGCCCAGAAACCACAGAGGCUUCGCCGUGUUAAGGACAAUUCGCUUUAUGGGAAUUGUGCCGCGGUUGCGAAGAAAGAGAUUGACUGCAAGGGGAAAACACACAAUGUUGUGAAGCGCUAUCUCUGCGGUUAGGCUGCUCAACUCGUGACAAACAAGAGAACCCAAGAGCUCGUUAAGAAGGUUUCCUCUGACAAUAUGAUGGAAUGUUUGGGAAUGCAAAUGUUCUGGGUGAUAGGCGGGUGACGUUGAUCAGGGCUGUGUUAUUGGGAUGAAGAGAAUGUUAGGCUUGUGGUGAAGUCGUGUAUGGUGUAUAUGAUGUAGACAUGUAUGGAAGGAUCCAAGUUCUGCCUCUUCUGAUAAUACAGCCAUUCAAGGCCCA